CGGAAACUUGAUACUGUGUUUGCGCAACAAUCAGCGCGGCUCGCAGCCGCCAAAGUGUCUAGACGAGCACAUGAUGGGAAUCAACCAAUGGCUCCACUGCUCUCCUCAGGGGCCCCGUGUGUGUGUGUAUCUGAAGAAAGAGAGUGAAACGGUGAAAGAAACCAUCGAAGAAUCCCAUUAAUCUCGCACGAAACACGGAAAGAAUCCUCAAGACAUUGUAUGUCCAUCUAUCCACCCGGAACGACCACUUUGCCGUUGCAACACGAUCAUUUUCUUCCGCGAGGAGUGCGUUAAACGUCAAUAAGGAUUAUAGUGAGAUCCAUUCAUGUGCUCGGCGUCAUUAAACUGCUGCAGGAGGUUCUCUUGAAAAAAAGAGGUUUGUUUCGGAAAUUAUUUUCCUGCAUAUCGCGCAUUUCGCGUUGUUUAUCAAGAAUAAAGUUUAUCAUGUUGAUGAUGGGGAAUGUUUAGAAAGUGGAUGCACCGCUCCUCGCGUAGUGCACUAUGAUUACAGCCAUCCCGUUGCUACAGUGUUGACAUUUUGUAGCAGUGGAGUCUAAUGUUGGGCUUUGCUCAGGCUCUGCUCGGCUGUGCAUGUGAGCACAGAUCAUUGAUGUCGGACAGCGAGCGCACGAGCAUUUGGAGUCUCCGCUGUUCUGACCAAACUUAGAAGGAAAAAAAACGGAUGCAAACUGUUUAAAUUGUCGUAUGUUCAGGACGAGACGCUCGGGUCUGGUUCGGCGACUCUGGAGAAGCCGUUUGGUCACCGCAGGUAAAGAGGGGGGCGAUGGAGGUCCGGAUGACUGGAGUGACAGCAACCCAGAGAAGGUCCCCAGAACGGAAUACGAACUGGGAAACAAUGCGGGCUCUUGCAGCAAACGCUUAGAGGAACGCGGGGAACCGGGGGUCCUUAUUGAACAGGAUGGACCCCUCGACGAGGGGAGCGAGGGCAGGACGGUGACAUGCUGUUUGUUUAAAGACCUCCCCAGAGGCAAAAACCGACUUGCUUGUCGCGUGGAACAUAGGAACCACACCAACUACAGCAGUUUAAGUGGCAGGGAACUGAAAAAUGGUGCCGUGACUGAACAAGAACUCAAGAAGUGCACUUAUGCAUUUCUCAAAAAGUUGAAAGAGAAGUCUCUGGAUGUUUUACUGGAAGCCGUGGAAUCUCAAGGCGGGAUGCCGAGCGGAUGUGUCCUUGUUUCGCAGACUGAAGUGCGCAUUGGAGGUCAACUGGUGUCUCCACAGUACCUGUUGUGUCGACUUUUCCGCUGGCCAGAACUGCGGCUCUCCUCUCUCCUCAAACCGCUCUGUCACUGUCAAAGCUUCAGGGCAGAGGACAGCCAGACCCUCUGCUGCAACCCCCAUCACUACAGCCGCCUCUGUGGACCAGUCAAAGAUGACACACCACCUCCUCCAUACUCCCAUCUCUCCCCCUUACCAGAACACAAGCCACUGAAUUCUUCCCUCCCAAUGCUGCCUUACAUAGAAACCGAAGCCACGCGUUCACACUGUGGCAUGUCGCAGGACUAUUCAGAUGCCAGUAUGUCUCCAUCCUCCUUGGCACAGAAUCACUGGUGUAACGUGGCAUACUGGGAGCUUCGUACACGCGUGGGCCGCCUGUACCCAGUUCACGACGCCUCCCUUAGCAUCUUCUAUGACCUACCUCAGGGUACAGGCUUGUGCUUGGGCCUGCUCCCCCUCUCUCCGCGUUCCACUUCCGUCCAGCGCACCCGCGGCAAGAUCGGACACGGCAUCCUCCUCAGCAAAGAGCCAGAUGGAGUUUGGGCCUACAACCGCAGUCAGCACCCUAUUUUUGUGAAUUCUCCAACUCUGGAGCAUCACCCCUACUUGAGUUUGACUGUGAGGAGAGUCAUGCCAGGCUACUCCAUAAAGGUUUUUGACUAUGAGAAGUCGUGCCAAAAUCAAGCCCUCAGCGAUUUGGUGCACCUGGAAGGGCCGUACGACCCAAACAGUGUGAGGAUCAGUUUUGCCAAGGGCUGGGGACCAUGUUACUCCAGACAGUUCAUUACAUCAUGUCCAUGUUGGUUGGAGAUUUUACUGAACAACCACAGAUAAUGUAUACACACAAACAAAUGCAGACAUACACAGUCUUACCGCAUACUGCACACACUCACUGCAAAUGCUCAGACACCCACAGCCACAAUCCCAAAUGUAAUCUAUCUAAAUUUAAUAUAAAGUUUUAUAUAAACGUAUUAUAUGGAAUACUUGUAAAUACGGAGUCAUUUUUACAAUUAUUUAUGUAUGGUGCAAUGGAUGGACAGAGAAAAUAAAAACAAAAGAAAUGUACUUUGGA